AUGACAGAAAGCGCAAACACGGCAAAACAAUCGUUGCACAUAAAGAACACGCUCACCAACACGGUAGAGCCGUUCACACCGAUUACCCCGUCACAGAUAAAAAUGUACAUUUGUGGGCCCACAGUGUACGACAGCGCACAUCUCGGUCAUGCUCGCACGUACAUCUGCUUUGACGUGAUACGACGCAUCCUUGAGGAGCACUUCCACUACGAUGUUACCUUUGUUAUGAACAUAACAAACAUUGACGAUAAGAUUGUUAAGAAGGCUGAGGCUAUCUUUAGCGAGUUCCUGAAGAGCAACGUAAAGUACGUGAAUGCGGACAGCCUGGGGCAGGAGCAGAAGAGGAAUGCAUUUGUGGAGUGUGUUGAGUUUGUGACGAGGAAAUACGAAGAGGAGUUUUUUGAGGAUAUGAGACGGUUGAAUGUAAAGAUGCCUUCCUUUGUUACGAAGGUUACCGAUUAUAUGGGCGAAAUCAUACAAUUUGUAGAGAAAUUGGUUGAGAAGGGCCGAGCGUAUGUUUCGAAUGGCAGCGUAUACUUUGACAUGGUUAAAUUUGUGGAGGAGGGCGGACAAAGGCACUUCCGCGAUGAUGAUGCUGUGAUAAACGAGGCGGAAGAGGGCAGCGAGAAAAGACAUCGAACCGACUUUGCGCUGUGGAAGCGGUGCAAGGAGGGUGAUCUGUACUAUUUUAAAUCGCCCUGGUCUAACGGCCGGCCCGGCUGGCACAUCGAGUGCUCGGCAAUGGGCAUGGACGUGCUUGGACUAACGAUGGACAUACAUGCGGGUGGCAUAGACCUGCAGUUCCCCCACCAUGAGAAUGAGCUGAUACAGUCGCGUGCACUUACCGACAGACAGUACGUCAACUAUUUCAUGCACACCGGUCAUCUGCACAUCGAGGGGUUGAAGAUGAGCAAGAGCCUCAAGAAUUUUAUCACCAUCCAGGACUGCCUCAAGAAAUUUACAGCACGACAGAUAAGAGUGAUGUUUCUUAAUAACUGCUAUGAUAGCACGGUUACGUAUCGGUACGAGGCAAUGGAGUACGCAGAGAAGAUCGAAAAGAAGCUGUUCAACUUUGUGAGCAUGGCUGAGGCUGAGAUUGCGGGCAGGGAACGGUUCGCUGGAGAUAAAGCUGAGACGAGCAAUGCUGAUAGUGCACACAAUACCACUGACACGAGCGGUGUGGAUGGCCGUGUUCAACGCAGCACUAAUAUGGAAAGAAGCGUGACACGUGUUGAGCAGGAGCAGACACACAAGACCGAGAUUGUCAUUGAUAACGGUGAGGGUGGAGAGUACGAUAAUAGACCACUUACGGACGAUGAUGACGUAGUGUACAGGGACGAGAGCACUGAGGAAGAUGCGAACGACAGGACUGACCAGGUCAACAAUACUGCGAAGGAUCCGUAUUAUGUGAUAAACAAGAGAAUGUAUGGGCCUUUGGAUCAGAAUGAUAGGAUGGUGCUGAGGAUGCUUGAAAUAGCAAAGAAGGAGGUACACGAGUCAUUCUGUGACAAUUUCAACACAUACAAGACCCUCACCGCCAUACUCAACCUAGUAACAAUCAUGCAUCAGAAAAUGUACAACUGCUCAGGACAGAUUGUCCAGCUGGUACUCGAUUAUAUCAAGAAGAUACUUUCAAUGCUUGGUUUGGAGGCCAAGCAAGAGAUGGAGGAGAGCAUGCUUCCGAAUAUAAUAUGCAAUUUCAGGAGUGAGGUACGAAGGUUGUGCAAAGAGAAAAAGGGUGCACAGGAACUGUUUCAUGCAUGUGAUGUUGUGAGAGACGAAAUGGUUGAUGCGGGGUAUGUAAUUGAAGAUAAGGGGAGUGAAAGUGUGAUAAGGAAGAAACAGUGAGCAGGGAGCACUUUAUUAAAUACCUUUAGGUUUUAUGCAA